CGCUCAGUUCCUCCUCCUCUCUAACCCUCCCUUCCCACGCCCCAGUCCGCUCUGGGAUAGUGGCACUAUAAAGUAUAUCCUCUCUCGGAGAAAGAUAAGAAGCCCGAGACAGGAGGGGGAUGAAGAUGGCGGACGCCAAGCAGAAGAGGAAUGAGCAGUUAAAACGAUGGUUGGGUUCGGAAACGGACCAGGAGCCUCCUAUUCUGAAAAAGAAGAAGACGAAGGUGAAGUUCGAUGAUGGCGCCGUGUUUCUGGCCGCCUGCUCAAGCGGCGAUACCGAGGAGGUGCUCCGUAUGCUUGACCGGGGCGCUGACAUCAACUACGCCAAUGUAGACGGUCUCACCGCUCUCCAUCAGGCAUGCAUAGAUGACAACGUUGACAUGGUGACUUUCCUGGUGGAGCAUGGAGCCAGCGUCAACCAGCCCGACAAUGAGGGCUGGAUCCCCCUCCAUGCUGCAGCUUCAUGUGGAUACCUCGAUAUUGCAGAGUAUCUGAUCGGCCAAGGCACCAACGUCGGAGUUGUGAACAGCGAGGGUGAGACGCCCCUUGAUAUCGCUGAAGAGGAGGCCAUGGAGGAGCUCCUGCAAAAUGAGAUCAACCGACAAGGGGUGGAUAUCGAGGCCGCCCGAAAAGAAGAGGAGCGAAUCAUGCUGAGGGAUGCUCGGCAAUGGCUCAACAGUGGCCAGAUCCAAGAUGUCCGACAUGCAAAGUCUGGAGGCACGGCACUCCAUGUAGCUGCAGCAAAAGGAUAUGUGGAGGUUUUAAAGCUUUUAAUCCAGGCAGGGUAUGAUGUAAAUAUUAAGGACUAUGAUGGCUGGACUCCUCUACACGCAGCAGCACACUGGGGCAAAGAGGAGGCCUGCCGGAUACUGGUGGAAAAUCUGUGUGACAUGGACCUUGUUAAUAAAAUGGGCCAGACUGCUUUUGAUGUAGCUGAUGAAGACGUUCUGGGCUACUUGGAAGAUCUACAGAAGAAACAAAAUCUUCUGAUGAGUGAGAAGAAAGAUGUUAAGAAAUCUCCUCUGAUUGAAACCACCACCACCGGGGAUAACAACCAAUCACUGAAACCGCUCAAGAGCAAGGAAACGCUGCUUCUAGAGCCAGAAAAGACGGCUCCACGCAUCGAGACCUUAGAGCCCGAGAAGGUGGAUGAGGAGGAGGAGGGGAAGAAGGACGAAUCAAGCUGCUCCAGUGAAGAGGAGGAGGAAGAGGAUUCAGAGUCAGAGAAUGAAGCAGAUAAAAGCAAGCCACCAGCCGCAGUGAGCAACAGCACAACACCCACUCCGACAAGCGUCAGCGUGUCAUCUCCAACUAGCCCAACGAACCAGGUGACAACUCCUACUUCACCAGUUAAAAAGGUCGUGCAGCCCGCUGGAAAGGUCUCAUCUAAAGCGGAAGAGGAGAGGAAAGACGAGUCUCCAGCAUCAUGGCGUUUGGGCUUGAGGAAGACGGGCAGCUAUGGGGCGCUCGCCGAGAUCACCGCCACCAAGGAGGCUCAGAGGGAGAAGGACACCACAGGGGUGAUGCGCUCAGCCUCAAGCCCCCGUCUGUCCUCGUCUCUCGACAACAAAGACAAAGAGAAGGAAAAAGAGAAAGGGACUCGGCUCGCCUACGUGGCCCCAACGAUCCCCAGGAGACUGGCCAGUACUUCAGACAUAGACGAGAAGGAGAACAGGGACUCGACGGCUCUGAUACGUAGCGGCUCUUACACCCGACGGCGCUGGGAUGACGACCUGAAGAACAGCGAAGGAAGCGCCUCCACCAACCGAGCGUCCAGCUACCAGCGCAGCACGUCCCACACGCUAGCGUUAGGGCGGAGCGGCAGCACGCGGGACGUGCCAGCCAAGUCUUCGUCAACCUCCAGCUUGGACCCUAACACCUGUAAUACUAAACCCUGGCAGCCGCCCGCCUCCCACUACCAGUCUUACAGCAUUUACCGCAGCGGUUCUUUUGGCAGAAGACACGAGGACUUGAGCUCCUCCACUACCACCUCCUCCUCCGCAACCACCACCACCUCCUCAUCUGUUACCUCGCCCACAGGCCACCGCGGCCUGCUCUCCAGCCUGGGCUCCUCCUCCACUCGAACUGGCUCCACCAGUCUCACCAGCAGGUACUGUUCAGAGGAGAGCACAGAGAGGGAGAAGGAGUCUGCUGCAGUCAUCCCCACCAUAAACACUGGCUCUACCACCACCACGUCCACCACCCCCACCGGCACCGUCACCGGCUCCGAGCGACGCAGGUCGUAUCUGACGCCGGUGCGAGAUGAAGAGUCGGAGUCUCAGAGAAAGGCUCGAUCCAGACAGGCCCGACAGUCAAGGAGGUCCACCCAGGGUGUGACACUGACUGACCUGCAAGAGGCCGAGAAAACGAUCGGCCGGAGUCGCCCCCCGAAGACCCGCGAGGACGAUAAGGAUGAGAAAGAGAAGCAGGACAAGGAAAAGCAAGAGGAGAAGAAGGAGACGGAGACAAGGGAGGAAGAUUACCGAUCGAAGUACCGCAGCUUUGAAGAGCGUUACCGGCCUUCAUUGUCCUCCUCCACCUCGGUCAGUACUGCCUCCACAACUUCCUACUCCAGCUCCACAUUGUCCUCUGGUUCCAGCUCCCUCAACAGGCCCAACAGUCUGACAGGGAUCACCUCCUCUUAUAGCCGCUCCUCCAGAGAUUCUGAAAAAGAAACGGACAAAAAGGAGGAGGAGAAGGAGGGCGAGGACAAGUCUCAGCCCCGCUCCAUUCGGGAUCGCAGGCGGCCCCGGGAGAAAAGGCGGUCCACUGGGGUGUCCUUCUGGACUCAAGAUGGUGAUGAAAACGACCCUGACCAGCAGUCUGACUCAGAGGAGGGCAGCACCAAGGGAGAGCCACAGAGUGACAGAUUGUCCAGGAAUGAGAGCACGUCAUCUAUAGAUCGCGUCGAUGCCGCGUUAAGCCGCAGCUACGGUGAAAGUCGACGGCCGUACUCAAGCCGACUGGAUCGAGAUGACGCCACCGACUAUAAGAAGCUCUACGAACAGAUUUUAGCCGAGAACGAGAAGCUGAAGGCCCAGCUACGCGACACCGACCUGGAGCUGGCAGACCUGAAGCUGCAACUAGAAAAGGCCACGCAGAGGCAGGAACGCUACGCCGACCGAUCACAGCUUGAGAUGGAGAAAAGGGAAAAAAGGGCUCUAGAAAGGAAGAUUUCUGAGAUGGAGGAGGAACUUAAGAUGCUCCCAGACUUGAAAGCAGACAACCAGAGACUAAAGGACGAGAACGGAGCGCUCAUUCGAGUCAUUAGCAAGCUUUCCAAGUAGACCAGACCCCGCCCGCCCGCCUGCACCCGCUAGUCCCCCCGUGCCAGUGACUAAUGGAAUUGCACAUUUAGAUAUUAAUUGCAACAGACAUCAGAGACCAGACUCCUGCUUUUUUUUCUUUCUCCUCUGACUCUGUCUUCCCUUUUUUUUUUUUUUUUUUUUUUUUUGCUCCUCCACCUCCACGCCAUCCAUCCAUCCAUCUAUCCAUCCGCCCGCUGUGACGGCGCGGCUGCUGUCCGGAUAGAGACCACGAGUUUACAGCGAGGAGAGGUUGUGGUCAGAGCAUCGUGGGCGGGGACGCCUGAAACUAUUUAACCAAUAAGCCUUAGUUGUACAUAAAGAGGAAAAACACUCGCAUCCAUCUCUUCUCUCCGUCUCGGCUCUCACUGAAGAACAGAUAUUAUCCAGCACCUGAUUUUAUUUGUGCCACCAUUUCCCUUUUUCUUUCCUGUACCUGUGUAGGUGUUGUGUGCUCUGCUGUCCCUCCUUCUUAAAGCGCCACUUCUGCCUGAUAUCGGCUCCUUGUGGCUUCAUUUCCUGUAAUUUAUCCAUAUGCACACAUUCAUUUCCCCAAACCCCUUUUUUUUGUACCUCUGCUUCUUCCUCCAAGAGGGAAAGAUUUUUGAAUUGUGGCUUCAGCGAAACGAGGCAGACCUGGUGGAGUUUAAGCUUUCACUGUAUGUGCAAUAUGCAUUACUUUUCCUUUCUUUUUAAUGCUUUAAUAAAUCCAUCACGGUAGGAUUUUUCACUCUUCCACCGCUUCCAGUGCUCACCUCCUUUUUUAAGUUUGUAGCCAGUUUAUAUUCUGUACUUCUCACCUUGUUUUAGCAGGUACUGAGUGAUGCUGUAUAUACCUGUAUUUGUUUGAGACCAGCACAUGGCAUGCAUUUAUGGUUCCCGUCUGUUACUAUUAAAAUAUAUACAAAUUCCAGAGGACAAAAAGGUGUGUUUUAAUUAUUAUUUAGUUCUUUUAUAGUCUAAAAACAUUGGGAACAGUAGAGCGGCCGGCAGUGUUCAGUGCUUGUUUUCUUCUAAAUUUGACAGAAGCGUCACAGAAUUUGUGAGAUUUAAAAGGAAUCUUUUCACUUUGUUUCUGGCAGAAAGCUGCUCGUUCUUUUAAAGCUGUAGUAUAAUAGCCGAGGUGUUGUCGCUAAAAUAAGCUCGGAGAUGCAAACCACUCCACCGUGUCACCGUCGAUGAGGAGUCGCCAUCAAAUGCUCCGUUCAUCUGCAUUUCAGUGGCCUUUUUAAGGAUGUUUUAGUAAAAGUUGCUGCAGGUGGACCGAUGGCGUCUACUCUGGCUUAGAUUUCUGUUUCUUUAUUUCUUCCUGUCAUCUUGUAAAAUAGGUGUGUGGCUUAAAACAUGCAAGCUGUGCUGUGACUACCAACCACUGAAGAGUUGAUUAAAAUAAACUUGUACAUUGUAAAGUU